CAGGAGAAUUCAGUCGGGGUGACGUCUAACUUCGUUCGCUUGCGGUUUCGAUCAAUUUCUUGCAAUCAAUUCAAAAAUGGCCACAGUCGCAGGAAAGAUGGAUGUCGACUAUGCUAUCAAGCCCGAGGCUGUUACGCCCGCCAUCCCGACCUCAGAAUGGCCGUUGUUGUUAAAGAACUAUGAUAAACUGCUCGUCAGAACUGGUCAUUUCACCCCGAUCCCAGCCGGUUGCACACCGCUGAAGCGCGACUUGAAGUCAUAUAUUAGUUCUGGAGUUAUUAACCUUGACAAGCCGUCAAAUCCAUCUAGUCAUGAGGUUGUGGCAUGGAUGAAAAGGAUAUUGAGAGUUGAAAAGACCGGUCACAGCGGAACCCUCGACCCAAAGGUCACUGGUUGUCUAAUUGUCUGCAUUGACCGUGCGACACGCCUUGUCAAAUCCCAGCAAGGCGCUGGAAAGGAGUACGUGUGCGUGAUCCGUUUACACGAUAAAAUCCCUGGCGGCGAAGCGCAGUUUGCCCGCGCCCUCGAGACGUUGACGGGUGCACUCUUCCAACGCCCGCCCCUCAUCUCCGCUGUCAAACGACAGCUGCGUAUCCGCACGAUUCACGAGAGCAAGUUAUAUGAGUUUGACAACGACAGGCAUCUGGGUGUGUUCUGGGUGAGCUGUGAAGCGGGGACGUAUAUUCGGACGCUCUGUGUUCAUCUGGGACUGUUACUGGGUGUUGGUGCACAUAUGCAGGAGCUGCGAAGAGUAAGGAGCGGAGCAAUGGAUGAGAAGGAUGGAAUGGUCACGUUACAUGAUGUGCUUGACGCGCAAUGGAUGAUGGAUAAUAACCGUGACGAAUCGUAUCUGCGGCGGGUUAUUCGGCCGCUGGAGAGCUUGCUCACCUCGUACAAGCGCAUCGUGGUGAAGGAUAGCGCUGUUAAUGCUGUGUGCUAUGGUGCUAAGCUUAUGAUUCCUGGGUUGUUGCGAUUUGAAUCUGGAAUUGAGAUCCAUGAAGAAGUCGUCCUCAUGACCACCAAGGGUGAGGCUAUUGCCAUCGCUAUCGCACAAAUGUCCACUGUUGAGCUCUCGACCUGCGACCACGGUGUCGUGGCUAAGGUGAAGCGUUGUAUCAUGGAGCGUGAUCUCUACCCCCGCAAAUGGGGUUUGGGUCCUGUUGCUUUGGAAAAGAAAAAGCUCAAGUCUGAUGGCAAGCUUGAUAAAUACGGCCGACCGAACGAGAAAACCCCUGCAAAAUGGAAUUCUGAGUACAAAGAUUUCAACGCUCCAUUAGAUAGUGGUGCUGCAGCAGCUUCUACCGCUUCUGUUCCAACUCCUGCUCCACCCGCUGUCUCUAAGGAAGCAGCCCCAACUCCACAAGUCAACGGAAACGCGCCAGCUGCUGAAGAAGACGAUGAGAAGAAGCGAAAGCGACACGUGGGCGAAACUCCAGAGGAGCGAGCAGAGCGGAAACGUAGAAAGAAGGAGAAGAAGGAGAAAAAAGAAAAAAGAAAAUCGAAGCAAGCGGCAAAAAGUGACGAUGAUAGCGAGUAA